AUGCCUAUUGGUACCACUCCAUAUCGUCUUGUCUAUGGCAAGUCUUUCCAUCUCCCGGUGGAGCUUGAACACCGUGCUUUAUGGGCAAUAAAAAAGAUAAACUUUGAUUUAGAAAGUGCGAGGGAGAAAAGGUGGUUGGAUCUUCAUGAGCUAGAGGAGCUUAGACUUGAUGCUUAUGACUGUGCUAGCACCUACAAAGCUCGUUCCAAAGAAGCUCAUGAUAAGCUUAUUGAGAAAAAGGAGUUUUGUGUGGGUGAUAAAGUCCUCCUCUACCACUCGAGAAUGAAGUUAUUUCCCGGAAAGCUCAUGUGA